AUGGCCAUUGACCCCGAGGCCGCAUGCCGCCUCUAUGCGCCAUGCCCUAUCGAGACGACGUUACUCUGCUGUCUCCUCCUCGCCGCCUUCGACCUGCUCCGGGGCUACCACAAGGAGUACCAGGUCCACCUCCACGGCAGCGCAGGCCUUUCCCAGACGGGGCAUCAUAGGCAAAACGGCAGCCGUGACGGUUCCUUAUGGUCGCCCCGGGGCUACUUCAUCCGCGAUAAUCUGAGCCCCUUGUUCUAUCGCAGGGCCGCCGCGUUGGUGGCCUUCACCAGCGACACCUACGACAGCAACAAGAAAAGGAUCACUUACGAUGAUGCUGGAAUGCGCAUCGCCAGCCCGACAGAGGCCCGCGACACGCUGUACCGGCUGAUCAGGCAUUUGUACCUGUUGCCCGAGGGCAGAUACCAUCUCCUCGAGGGCGCCCAAACAAAGCGGUCGAGGGCCAAGGGUCAGGACAACUUCAUCAGAGGCCUGUACCAGUGGCAAGACACUCUCUUCGAGUACCUCGAGAGGCAGUCCGCCGGCGGCGCGAGCUCCACCAUGCUGAAGCUGCUUUACGCAGCGGCGCACGUCAUCAUCCCUACCUCCACGUCGAAAGACCAGAUGGCCUUCGACAACUUUGCCACGCAGCUCCGCGAGAUGACGGACCUGGCCGAGGCGUUGCUGUUCCCACCCUCGCCCCAGCCUCCGCCGCCGGCGCGCCACGACGUCCCGUGCUUCUUCUCUCUGGACAUGGGCGUGCUGCAUCUGAUGACCGCCCUCACGCGGCACCGGAUGCUCGCGCUGCUGCGGCGUGCCCAGGCUCGACACGAGGGCGUGUGGGACGGCGCGGCGACGGCGCUGGUGGUCGAGCGCGUCGUCGACCUUGAGGAGCAGGCGGCGCGGCGGCAGGGCGCCCAGACUGGGGCAGACGACGACGGCAGCGGCGGCUGCGACAGCUUCUCCAUCCCGGCGUCGGCGCGCGUGUGUUCGGUCAGGACCAAGACCGAUCUGGAAAACCGCAAGGUUAAAAAGGGGUAUGGAUGCUACGUGGUGCCGUGGAGACGCAUCGCGACGCGUUCUGCGCGUGAGGAUAUCGAGGAGGCUUUGCGCGGUGGCGCGGUGGCGCGGUUGAACGCUUCUGGGAGUGGUGCGACGUAA